UUAAUGAGUAGGUGUACCUACUGAUUGCUCACCUAGUAACUUCCCGUCUCAGACAGGUUGUCACGUUCUCGUUAUACGGCGAUUCGAGACUUUCGCGAUGGUCCGUUCCAGCAACAAGACACGACGAACGACUCGGAAAGGCGUUGCUACUCGGGAAUACACUAUCCAUUUGCAUAAGCGGAUUCAUGGCAUUGGUUUUAAGCGACGCGCUCCGAGGGCCGUGAAAGAGAUUAAAAAGUUUGCUAGAAAGAUGAUGGGAACCGAGGACGUGCGCAUCGGCGUUCGUCUUAACGAGUUCAUAUGGUCUAAAGGCGUUCGUAAUGUUCCUUACCGCGUACGGGUGAGGCUUGCUCGCAAGACUAACGACGAUGAAGACAGUCCACACAAGUUUUACACCCUGGUCACUCAUGUUCCCUGCACUAACUUCAAAGGCUUACAAAUUUUUAACGUUGAGUCUGCUUAAUAGUCAAUAAACCAUCUGCUUCGAUUU